AUGGCUUUGAAAAUGGGGUUUUCUUCAUAUCCUUUCCAAGAUCAAUUUCACUCCCUCACCAAAAAGCUUUUUCCUUGGACUCUCUAUGCUCUUCUUCCCAUUGCUCUUCUUAGUUUAUACCUCUACCCUCUUCCUUUUCUUCCAUCUACUGAAUCUGAACUUCCUCAUUCCAUCUCCAACACCAUUAUUUCCAUCUCUGCACCCCCUUCUUUUCCUUCUACACCUCCUCCCUCAGCAGAAAAGGAAAAUACUUUUGACACUCCCCCUUGUGAUUACUUCAAUGGAAAAUGGAUCCGUGACAGAAGAGGACCUUUAUACAAUGGAACAACAUGUGGAACAAUCAAACAAGGACAAAACUGCAUCAAACAUGGAAGACCAGAUUCUGAUUAUCUUUACUGGAGAUGGAAGCCAAAUGAAUGCAAGCUUCCAAGGUUUGAACCUAAAACUUUUCUUCAACUCAUUGAAAACAAGCAUGUAGCUUUUGUUGGAGAUUCUAUGGCUAGGAACCAGUUAGAGUCACUUCUAUGUAUGUUAUCAACUGUUUCAUCUCCUGAUCUUGUUUACACAAAUGGCGAAGAUAACAAAUUUAGAAAGUGGCGUUUUGAUUCUCAUAAUGCUAGUGUUUCGGUGUAUUGGUCACCUUUUCUUGUGCAAGGUGUUGAGAAAUCAAAUGAAGGGUUGAAUCAUAAUAGAUUGUAUUUGGAUCUCGUUGAUGAGAAAUGGGCUAAGGAUAUGGAUCAUAUGGAUUUGAUUGUGCUUUCUGUUGGUCAUUGGUUUUUGCAUCCUGCGGUUUACUACGAGGGUGAUUCGGUUUUAGGUUGUCAUUAUUGUGUUGGUCUUAAUCAUACCGAAAUCGGGUUUUAUGAAGUUUUGAGAAAGGCUUUGAGGACUAGUCUUAAUAGUGUAAUUGAUAGGAGAGGGAGUAAAGGUGGUAAAAUCGAUGUUAUAGUGACGACGUUUUCGCCUGCUCAUUUUGAAGGUGAAUGGGAUAAAGCUGGUGCUUGUCCAAAGACUAGGCCUUAUAGAAGUAGAGAGAAGGAGCUUGAAGGAAUGGAUGGUGAGAUGAGGAAGAUUGAGGUUGAAGAAGUGGAAGAUGCUAAGGUGAAAGGUAGUGAGUUUGGAGGGGUUAGGUUUGAGGCACUUGAUGUAACUAAAUUGGCAUUGUUGAGACCAGAUGGUCAUCCGGGUCCUUAUAUGUAUCCUUUUCCAUUUGCGAAUGGUGUUCCCGAGCGCGUCCAGAAUGAUUGUGUUCAUUGGUGUUUGCCCGGGGCUAUUGAUACAUGGAAUGAGAUUUUUCUUGAGAUUAUGAAGAAAUGGGAGGAACAUCCAAGAAUUCAAGAGUGA